AUGGCGGUCCAGAAGAAACACGGCAAGGGCCGUCUGGACAAGUGGUACAAGCUCGCCAAAGAAAAGGGCUACCGCGCUCGAGCCGCCUUCAAGCUAAUCCAGUUGAACAAGAAAUAUGGCUUCCUGGAAAAGAGUCGAGUACUCCUGGAUCUCUGCGCCGCACCCGGAUCAUGGUGUCAAGUUGCGGCCGAGACGAUGCCUGCGCAGAGUCUCAUCAUUGGUGUCGAUUUGGCACCCAUAAAGCCUAUACCGAGGGUCAUUACGUUCCAGAGCGAUAUCACUACAGACAAGUGCCGGGCGACUAUCCGAUCGCACAUCAAGCAUAUGAAAGCGGAUACUGUGUUGCACGACGGUGCGCCCAACGUAGGUGUAGCGUGGGUGCAGGACGCAUUUUCGCAAGCAGAAUUGGUGCUGCAGUCGAUGAAGCUGGCGACCGAAUUCUUGAAAGAGGGAGGCACAUUCGUCACAAAAGUCUUCCGGUCCAAGGACUACAAUGCGCUGCUCUGGGUGUUUAAACAGCUGUUCACAUCAGUGGAAGCGACGAAACCUCCGUCCUCGAGGAAUGUCUCCGCGGAAAUCUUUGUCGUGUGCAGAGGUUUCAAAGCACCGAAGAAGCUGGAUCCGAAAUUCCUCGACCCGAAGCACGUUUUCGCGGAGAUCCAGGAGCCGACACCUAACAACGAGGCGAAAGUGUUCAACCCGGAGAAGAAGAAAAGGAAGCGAGAGGGUUACGAAGAAGGGGAUUGGACACAGCAUAAGGAAGUGCCCGUCAGCGAAUUCAUCCACACGACCGAUCCUAUCGCCAUUCUUGGCUCGGUCAACACUCUCAGUUUCGAGCAGCCACCGAACGGUGAUCUGGCACUUGCGACCAUUGACAGACUACCUGAGACCACCGCUGAAGUCAGACAAUGUUGCGCAGACUUGAAAGUCCUGGGGAAAAAGGAAUUCCGCACGUUGCUCCGUUGGCGAUUGAAGGUUCGCGACAAGUUUGGCAUGUCUACCAAGGCCAAGAAGCAGCAGGCGAAAGAAGAGGAGAAAGACCAGGAAGGAGAUGAGGUCGCCGAGGUCGAGUCCAUGGAUGAAGAGCUCAAGAUGCAGGAAGAACUGCAAAGGCUGAGGGACCAGGAUAGCAAAGAGAAGAAAAAGGAACGCCGGAAAGAGAAUGAGAAGAAGAGAAAAGAGAUCGUCAGGAUGCAGAUGCACAUGACCGCGCCGUUUGAUAUCGGGCUGGAGCAGAACGGCCCAGCGGGAGAAGGGUCGAUGUUCAGCAUCAAGACGGCCGAGAGGGCUGCUCAUCCCCCGCGCAUCGAGGACGAAGAGAUGGCGGAUGGCGAGGGCGGACAAUCAGAGGUCUCAGAAGUCGAGACGCAAAGCGAAGACGAAGACGAAGACGAAGUCGCCGACCGACUCGAACGAGAACUCGACAUGAUGUACGAAUCCUUUCAGCAAAGGAGAGAAGAAGCCGACGCAAAAUCACGAGCCAAGCGAGCGAGAAAGGAUAGAGAGACAGACGAGUGGGAAGGCUUGUCUGACGAAGGAGAUAGAACAGACAACGAGCCGACUGAUGUCGAAACAGACGCGGAAGAUGACUAUUCGAUGAGAGAACUGCCGAGGCAAGAAGGACUGUCCAACAAAGCAGCAAUGUUCUUCGACCAAGAUAUCUUCCAGGGCCUGGGCAUCGAGGAUGACGAGUACGACAAUGACAAAGACAGUGCGAUUGAGAUGGACGACGAGUCAUCAGACCAGGCCAAACCGCCCGUCGGCACCGUACCAAACAAAGCAUCAGAAGGCGCGCAAAAGAGUAAGCCUCUCAAGUCCGCCCUGAAGAAAGCACACUCCAUGAGAGCCGAGGAUUCCGAGUCCGACUCCGAGCCCGAAAAAAGGACAGCUUCUGCUCCUCGAGCAGCAGAAGAACCCCUCACCCCCUCCGGCCACUUAGACAUCGACAUUAUCACCGCCGAAGCCAUGACGCUAGCGCACUCGCUCGCGACAGGUGAAAAGACCCCGCGCGACCUCCUCGAUGACAACUUCAACAAAUACACGUUCCGCGACGUCGACGGUCUGCCCGAUUGGUUCCUCGACGACGAGGAUAGACACUCAAAGCCCCAGCGGCCCAUCACGAAAGCGGCCGCCCUGGCCAUCAAGGAGAAACUACGCGCCUUGAACGCGCGGCCGAUCAAGAAGGUGCGGGAAGCCAAGGGGCGCAAGAAGUUCAAAGCCGCGCAACGGCUCGAGAAGCUGCGCAAGAAGUCGGCGCUCCUCCUGGAAGACGAGGGCAUGUCCGAGAAGGACAAGGCCAGCGCGAUCACCAGGAUGAUGUCCCGUGCCGCCAAGAAGAGCGGCAAACCCAAGGAGAAGGCCAGAUUGGUGGUGGCGAGGGGUGUGAAUCGCGGGGUUGCGGGUCGGCCACGAGGCGUCAAGGGGAGGUACAAGAUUGUGGAUCCACGAUUGAAGAAGGAUGUCAGGGCUGAAAAACGAUUGAAGAAGAAGCUGAAGAAGUGA